AUGCGUUUUAAUAGUAUUGGUAAUAGCUCAUCUACUUCUGGUAGCAGUAGUUAUACACCACAGUUUACUAUGCGUCCUAGUUUAAAACGUUCGCGUUCUACUGCUUCUCAUCUUGAUACAUUAAACGAAGAAUGGUUAACUGCACCUAUUAAAUGCAGACAAAAAACUUAUGAUAACACACACUUUUAUGAUCGUUUUAUACCCAGUGUAAUUGAUAUGCCUUCUGCUCAAGCACGUAUCAAUAAUAUACACUCUUUUACUAUUCCAGAUGGUAGUGGUCAAGAAACCUUUGAUGAACAAAUCGCUAGAGCUAUUGGUAUUGAUCCUUCUAAACGUAUCUUAUCCUUUGAUAGGAGACCCCCCAUACAAAAGGUGGACGUCACGAAGAACUCUCCUCUUCCAACCACCUUACGUCCUGCUAACUCUGUUAAAAUGAAGCGUCGUAUUAAUAUGACGCCAGAAAGAAUCUUGGAUGCCCCCUAUAUUGUGGAUGACUAUUAUCUUAAUGUUCUUGAUUGGUCUAAAAAGAACAUCGUGGCUAUUGGUAUGGACAAGUCUGUCUAUCUUUGGAAUGCUGAUACAGGUGCUAUUCGAGCUCUUAAAUAUAAUUCUAAUGAUCAAGUCUGUUCCUUAUCGUGGUCCUCUGAUGGUUAUUACUUGGCUGUGGGUACAGAAUCCGGUGAUACACAAAUAUGGGACGUGCAAUCUAAUACAAAGCUUCGUUCAAUGAAGGGAGGAGGUCAAGAAUGUCGUAUUGGUGCACUUGCCUGGGAUCGUUACUAUUGCUCAUCUGGUGCCUAUAACGGUAGUAUCUUUCAUCAUGAUGUCCGUAUUGCUAAACACGUAGUACGUCAAAUGUAUGGUCAUGAUGAAGAAGUCUGUGGGCUCAAAUGGCGUUGGGAUGGUGGUGCCUUGGCUAGUGGCGGUAACGAUAACACGGUGAAUAUCUGGGAUGCACGCGUCUCUCAAGCCAGACACACGAAAAGAAGUCAUACAGGUGCUAUUAAGGCUCUCGCUUGGUGUCCAUGGAAACAUGACUUGUUAGCUACAGGUGGUGGUCGUGAUGAUAAGAAGAUUUGCUUCUGGGAUACAACCCAUGGUAACCGUCUCAAGACAAUUCAAACUGACUCUCAAGUGACUUCCUUAAACUGGUCUCAACAUCAUCGUGAAAUCGUUUCAACUCAUGGUGGUUCUAGGAAUCAAAUUAAUGUCUGGGGUUAUCCUAGUCUUGAAAAAAUCGCUGAUAUCCCCGCUCAUUCAACAAGAAUCUUACAUGCUGCUCUUAGUCCUGAUGGACAAACAUUAGCUACUGCUGCUGCUGAUGAAAAUCUUAAAUUCUGGCGUAUCUUUGAUGCUGAAGGUCUUUCACGUUUAACCUCUGGUCAUCAAAGUCGUGCUGAAAAGCGAGAAUCUUUGUUGAGAAGACAAAGAUCCAUUCGUUAA